GCCCCUUUCUAGAGCCCGCUGGACCCUGCUCGCUCUAUGUGGCCGUGCAUUAUCAUCCAUAAAAAUGAAGUUGUUACCGAAUUCAUUUCGCAAAGGUUGAAUAAUGGGCUGUAUGACAUUUUCUUCAUAAAUUUCUGCAGUCAUUGUCCCCUGGAUCUGAAUCAAACAGACUCCGGUGGUUAAACAUUAUGCCUCCCCAAAACAUUAUUAAUCCGCCCUGAUAUGGGACAACUUCUCGUACCAAAUUUCGUCGCUGUUGAUGUCCUGGUUCUCUCCAACCCCUUAUUCUACGGUCAUCACUCACCAGUCCAAACCUAAC